GGAUACAAGUAAAAACAUAACAUUAUCUUUAAUUUUAUACGUCCUAUAAAGUUGCAUAAAGGCGGUGACGAUAAUAUAUACUUAUUUCCUAGUCUUUAUGAGAAUCACUUUAGUUUGUUAUUUUUAAUAGAUAUCGUAUAGUCAAACAUGUUCACUCACAAAUUUGGAGCAAAGGCGUUGUUACGCGAUGGAGGAAGAUUAUUUGGACCCUCAGACAACGCUGUUCUGAGAAAUAUAGAAGCUUGUGCAACCAUAGCUGAUAUGUUAAAAACUUCGCUAGGUCCAAACAGCAUGAAAAAGCUCAUUGUCAACCAUAUUGACAAGAAAUUUGUAACAUCUGACUGUGAUACAAUCCUAUCGGAGUUAGACGUUCAACAUCCAGCCGCAAAGGUUCUGGUCAUGGCUGUACAAAGUUUGCAACAAGAGUUUGGCGAUGGAACAAAUACACUGAUGUCUUUUGCUGGCGAAUUACUUAAUAAUGCUGCUUUCCUUCUACAAGAAGGUGUGCAUAUUUCCGAUAUACGCAAGGGUUACGAAAUCGCCUACAAUAAAUUUCUGGAACUGGCACAAGAUGAGGUAGUUUAUACCCUAGAAAGUUUUUAUUCCAAGGAUGAAGUAUAUACUGCCAUCCGCUCUUCUAUUGACGCUAAACAGAUUUCAAACUCGGAAGAAAUUGGAAAACUGGUUGCAAAGGCUAUUACCAUGAUUAUGCCACCAGAAAAAAAGAAAUUUGAUCCAGAAAAUGUUAGACUGGUGAAAAUAUUUGGUGGAUCAAUAUCACAAUCUUCCGUACUAAAUGGGAUCGUGCUUAUGCAAGAUGCCUCCGGAUACGUCAAAAAAACUGACGCUACAAAAGUUAUGGUACUAGCAUGCGGAUUGGAAUUUUCUGGUCCAGAAGCUAAAGGAACUGUCUUGAUCAACAAUGCUGCUGAGUUAAUGAAUUUUACCCGUGGAGAAGAAAACCAGAUGGAAGACAUUAUAAGACGUAUAAAAAAUAAAAAUGUUGGUUGUAUCAUAGCAAACGGCUCAGUAUCGGAAAUGGCUCUGCACUUCUGCAACAAAUACGAUAUUCUCGUAUUAAAAGUUACGUCUAAAUUUGAAUUAAGGAGAUUAUGCAGAUCUUUGGGAGCGACUGCUUUAAUAAAGCUUACAGAACCACAUGAGGAUGAUUUAGGUAUUGUGGAAUCUAUUAGAGUCACUGAAAUCUCAUCUAAGAAAACUACUGUUAUUCAUGCUAGGGAUUGUCGUAUAUCAACAAUAAUACUCAAGGGGCCAACAAUGGGUAUAUUGGACGAAAUAGAAAGGGCAAUAGAUGAUGGAUUAGCCUGUGUAAACUCAGCUAUUAAGGAUCCAAGAUUCCUACCUGGUGGUGGAGCCUUUGAAAUAGAGAUGGCGAGGCAACUUAACAAACUAUCACAAACAAUCCCGGGACUGGAGAAGUAUGCGGUCGCUAAAUUCGCUGAAUCAUUCGAAUGUGUACCAAAAAUAUUGGCUUCGAAUGCAGGGCAUGAUGCUACGCUCGCUAUCACGGAACUUUACGCUGGGCAUGAUUCCGGAAACAAAUAUGCGUGUGUAAACAUUGAUAUAGGUUCUAUAGUUGCAAAUGCCAAGGAAUUAUCCAUUUUUGAUCACUAUGCCUGCAAAUUAUUCACAAUGAAACUCGUAUAUGAGUCUGUUGCUACAAUUCUCUCCAUAGAUCAGAUAAUAAUGGCCAAACCCGCCGGAGGCCCCAAACCAAAAGCUCCGGGUCCUCCUGACCUGUAG